UUUCACCCCCACUUCCCAGGAAUCUGAUUCUCUCUCCUAAUCUCACUUCCACUAUGCCUCCCCAAAUUUCGUUCUAGGAAAACCAGCAGAAAAAUAUUGUUGAAACAGCCCACCCCACAAAAACAAACGCAGAGAGCCUGAGACAAAGACAUCCUUAAUUUUGUGAGGCCCGGUGAUGUACUAAGACUUUGUUUAGGAUUUUGACGAGUCAUUGUAAUGGAGGAUACAUACUCCGCAUUGAGAAGAUGGGAGGACAUGGACAUUGAUAUUCUGGUCAAGAUUUUCCAGAAUCUGAAUAUCCUUGAGCUGACCUCUGGAGUUGGUCAUGUUUGUCGAACAUGGAGAAUGGCUGCAUGUGACCCUCUGCUCUGGAGGACGCUUGAUAUAUCUUUGCUGAAGUCAAACUUUAUCAAGAUACCGUUAGAGCCGUAUGUAUAUGUUGAUGGUCGAUCAGAUAAAAUAUUUACGCGAGUUUUGAAGGUUGCUUUGAAUCUCAGCUGCGGAAACAUUUCAACCUUGAUUUUUCAUUACAAUAUGUAUGUCAGCGACGAUCAGUUGGCAUAUACGGCUGAAAGGUGCCCACGUCUCAAGCGCUUAGUCAUGCCUGCCUGGAACAGAAUAAAGAAGACGGGGAUAUGUCGAGCCAUCAGAAUGUGGGAAGAUCUCGAGUCAUUGACAAUGCCUAGCAUAUCAAACCCUCCAUACCUCAUGGAGGAGAUCGCCAGAAGUUGCUCAAAAUUUGCUGAACUUAAGGUCAUGGGCCCAUGCGAUAUUCUCUUUGCAUCGACAUUAACUGCAUUUCUGCCCAACUUAAAAGUUCUAAGCCUUCGUUGCUCUAUGCUGUUUAAGGAUGCUUUAAUCAUAAUCUUGGACGGCAUCAAAGGGCUAGAAGUGCUCAACAUAUCUCAUUGCCUAAUCAUUGAAGUCCCUCCUCCUCCUGCACCCAGACGUGUUCUCCGCGAGCUUGACAAGUCAGUUCUUGAACGGGCCAGCCGGUUGAAGAAGUUUCUGACGUGCAUGAGCGAUUCUUGCAUCAUGUGUCAACGUACGAGGAACGACGAGGGGUUGAUAAGGUGGUACAAGUAUGAGGAAGAUCUUUGGAAAGUCGACGAAGUAAGUUCUCUUGCAAUCUGAGUACACAACACUCGGAAAUAGGUCUAAGGCUCGAGUCUCGUCCCGUUAUCUACCAUACUUUGUAUUCUCUUACGUGCUAGAAGCAGUAAACGAAGAUAAGACUGGCAUCGACUGGUCGCCUGCAAAUCUAGCAUUCAACGGCUACCACCAUCGAGAUGAGACCGGAGACUUGAUGUGUAUAUAUAUAUAUAUGAUUAUAUAUUCUGGCUGCUAAUGUUUACUAGUGAAAUAAGGAGAAUUUGACUGAAAUCUUACGUCUUUCUGUUUAAUGUUAGUUCAAUAUUUGUUCAUUUCUAGGUUGAAAUAAACGUAUUUAGAUGACUUUCUAGGCAGCA